AUGGCCACCUCCCUCCUCCGCCUCUCCCGCCCCCGCCGCGCGCUGCUCCCCAUCUCCUCCCUCCGCCAACCGCUCUCCACCGAGUCCCACGCCCCAUCUCCGUCCCCAUCCCCUACCCCCUCGUCCGCCCGCCGCUUCCCGCAUUUCCUCUCCUUCCUCGCCGCCGCUGCCGCCGCCGCCGGGGGAGCAACCGUUGCGCUCUGCGACUCCGGCCUCAACCACCGGGUCGGGGGCAAGGACAGCACCGAUCUGGUGGUUCGUGGGGAGCGUAAGCUCGUGCCGCAGGAGUUCAUCGACGAGCUCGCGUCCUUCCUCGGGGACAACAUGACUUUGGACUACGAGGAGAGGAGCUUCCAUGGCACGCCACAGAACAGCUUCCACAAGGCGGUCAACGUGCCUGAUGUCGUCGUGUUCCCGAGCUCGCAAGAUGAGGUACAAAAGAUUGUGAUGGCCUGUAACAAGUACAAGGUUCCAAUUGUACCAUAUGGUGGGGCUACCUCACUUGAGGGUCACACACUGGCACCUCAUGGUGGUGUUUGCAUCAACAUGACCUUGAUGAAGAAAAUCAAAUCCCUGAAUGUUGAGGAUAUGGACGUAGUUGUUGAACCUGGAGUUGGAUGGAUAGAGCUGAACGAAUACCUGAAGCCUUACGGCCUAUUUUUCCCUCUUGAUCCAGGAAAGAAUCUAGCCAUAGUCAGUAGCUGCAUUUUCACUUGCUUCGAUGGUUUCAAAUGUAUAUUUAGUUCCCAUUAUCAUUCUGGGGAAAGAUCAAUAGAGCCUUCAUCAUAUUUAGAAGAUGGGCCUGGGGCCACCAUUGGAGGAAUGUGUGCUACUCGCUGCUCUGGUUCAUUAGCUGUGAGGUAUGGAACAAUGCGGGAUAAUGUGAUUAAUCUUCGGGCUGUUUUGCCAAAUGGUGAUGUUGUCAAGACAGGCUCCCGGGCUCGAAAGAGUGCAGCUGGGUAUGACCUCGCUCGUUUGAUCAUUGGGAGUGAAGGGACUUUGGGUGUAAUUACAGAAGUGACUUUACGACUCCAAAAGCUUCCAUCUCAUUCUGUGGUUGCAAUGUGCAAUUUUAAAACAAUUAAGGAUGCUGCUGAUGUUGCUAUUGCAACAAUGUUUUCUGGGAUACAGGUUUCAAGAGUGGAAUUGUUGGAUGAGGUUCAGAUAAAGGCAAUAAAUAUGGCAAAUGGCAAAAAUUUGCCUGAAGUGUCGACCUUGAUGUUUGAAUUCAUAGGGACAGAAGCAUAUGCUCUUGAACAAACUCUCUUGGUUCAAAAAAUUGCCACUGAACGCCAUGGAUCAGAUUUUGUUUUUGUUGAGGAGCCAGAUGCUAAAGCGGAAUUAUGGAAGAUCAGGAAGGAGGCACUUUGGGCUGCUCUUGCUAUGAAACCUGAUCAUGAAUCUAUGUCAACGGAUGUUUGCGUCCCUCUGUCCAGACUUGCUGAAUGCAUAUCUACAUCAAAGCGUCUGCUUGAUGCGUCGCCAUUGACUUGUUUGGUUAUUGCUCAUGCUGGUGAUGGAAAUUUUCACACGAUUAUCCUGUUUGAUCCAAGUCAAGACGACCAACGAAAGGAAGCAGAGAGACUAAACCAUUUCAUGGUUCAUACAGCUCUGUCUAUGGAAGGUACAUGCACCGGAGAGCAUGGUGUUGGCACAGGGAAAAUGAAGGCAAUACCUGGAGGAGGAGUUGGGCAUCGAGUCACUCAGGACGAUGAAAAGAAUAAAGGCCGCAUUGGAUCCCAACAACAUCAUGAAUCCAGGAAAGUUGAUCCCGCCUCACGUUUGCAUAUGACGCUCCAGAUCGCCACCUGA